AUGGCCUCGGCAUCUUUUGACUCUGAACAGCGGAAGCUGUGUCAAAGCCUCACUCCUCCUGCCUCUCAGCCAGACAUGGUAUCUUUGCUGAGGAAGAAGGCGCUCUCGGCUAUUGGAAAAUCCAGCGACACAGCGAUUUGCAUUCCCUCUGAUGUCGAGUCUGACACUGAAGAUGAAAAUGACGAGAGUCGAGAACUCAACAACUUGCAAUCUUGCGCAGCACGUGCCAGCAUCCCGGACUAUCUGGAUCUCACCGGCAUUGAACAAGGCGCAACUGAAUCAGAAGCUGCCAUUGGCGUGGUCACUGCGCCAACAGUACCCCCAGCUCAAGCGGAAGCCGCCCCACCUUGGCCGAGUGAGACUCAAGUUUCUCACCUCACUGAUGCCGAACCAAGCCAGAAAUCUUGUGAGAUGAAUCAAAUACUUACUGGAGAUGUGUCUGCCUCUCAAGAUGUCAAUCUCGCAACCCCUCCUACUAGCCCUGAAAGCCAGCUAUACCCGGCCGCGGCGGAUGAGCAAGAGCUUCGACCCGUACCAGUCAGUGAAUGGAGCAACAUAAUGAUCGAUGCCGUCUCUGACCAUGGCAUUUGUUAUGACGCCCAGGGUCAUCCGGAUUCCCCCUCGACUUACACGCACUCUCCGCGGACUGCCAGCCCUGUCGGGGUGACCCAAGCCUCACUCGAGGCAAGCGAAGCACCCGCCGGCAGUUCGCACGACGAUGCCAUUUCUGAAGUCCACGCCCAAUCUCCCGCAAGGUCUUCGGCCGAACCGCAUCAAGCACAAGGCUUGGGCGAUGCUAGCUGCACGCCCAGCAAUGCCGCGUCCGAGGUCGCGGAGGCUGGAUUCGAAUCGCCAUCUGAAGCCCAAGUAUCGUCCCCGUCCCCGUCUCCUCGUCGUUCCCGUCGCAUCUCCUUGCAAACACAUAAAACGAUGCAGUUCAAAGAUGGUGAUGCAGACAGUGAGGGUUCAGGGAGUGAGGACGGCCUCAAUGGGUCAGAAUCUCACUACCGGGACGGAUACUCUCCUUCACUUGCGGACAGUGAGGGUUCUGGCUCGGAGGACGAUGAUGCCGAUGGUGUACACCAAGGUCGCAAGCGCCGCAAGGUCUCAAACUCCGCUUCCUGUUCAGUCCACAGUACCGCCGCCAGUUCUCGGGGCUCUCGGAGCUCUCGCCAAAGACGAUCGACAACACAUGCCGCACAGUUGCCGAGCGGGACCCGAACGUCUGGACGUGCCAUUGACAGCCCAACACCGUCACAAGCAACACCAGCUCCGUCCGAGGCUAACAUGAUUCUUGCUUGGUUCGAGGAAUGGCUUCUCGGAGACGUUUUUCUGAAACGCAUCACUGAGGGUGGCAAGACGACAUUUCAAUUACAGUUUGACUGGGACUCCGAUUUAUGUCCGCCGCAUGCUAGUAGAUCUGUGUCGAAUCCAAAGAAGCGCACAAGGCCGUCUAAGACUUCGCCUUCAGUUACAAAAUCGCCCGGCGCAAGAUGGACGCCAGAAGAGGAUGAAACUGUGCGCAGGAUGAAACAAGAUGGCGAUUCUUGGGCCACUAUCCAGCACGCCCUUCCGCACCGUUCUCAGGGCACGAUCCAAGUCCGGUACUCGACCAAGCUCAGGGAUUAA